UCAGACAACAUGGAUUUCAGGGAAAUUCUCCUGAUAGCUUCCAAAGGACAGGGUGUCAACAACGUACCGAAAAGGUAUAGUUUGGCAGUGGGGCCUCCCAAAAAAGACCCGAAAGUUAAGGGUGUCCAAUCUGCAGCCGUUCAGGCUUUUCUCAGAAGAAAAGAAGAGGAGCUCAGGCAAAAAGCUUUAGAGGAGAAAAGGAGAAAAGAGGAACUAGUGAAAAAGCGAAUUGAGCUAAAACAUGACAAGAAAGCAAGAGCUAUGGCCAAAAGGACAAAGGAUAAUUUCCAUGGUUACAAUGGGAUUCCCGUUGAGGAAAAGUCAAAGAAGAGGCAGGCAGUGGAAAGCCACACUAGCCAGGGAACAGAACAAGAGUAUGAGAUGGAAGAAGAAGAUGAAUUCUUAGAAUACAAUCAAGCAGAGUCAGAGCAGGAGUAUGAGGAAGAGCAAGAACCUCCCAAAGUUGAAAGCAAACCAAAGGUCCCCCUUAGAAGUGCCCCACCACUCAUGAACUUCACUGAUCUACUCAGGCUGGCUGAGAAAAAGCAGUACGAACCAGUGGAGAUCAAGGUAGUGAAGAAAACAGAAGAGCGGCCCAUGACUGCAGAAGAACUUAGGGAGCGAGAAUUCCUUGAACGAAAGCAGAGGAAAAAGAGACCUGAGACAGAUGCAAGACUACCUCCAACCAAAAAGGCACCCUCUCAGAAAGAAAGUGUGGGCACAAAACUUAGCAAACAUCCUUCCAGGGGUAUUCCCCUUCCUCAUGCUGAGAAGAAAUCCAGACCCAGCACAGCCAAUGAGAAACAUUUAGGUGUGUCUUCAUCCAAAUCCAUGCCAGGAGAGAGGACCAAAGCAGGAUCUGUCAGUUGCUCUCAACCCUUACUUCGUGAGGGCCAUGACAGACCUGUCUUCAAUGGGGCUGGAAAGCCCCACUCCAGCACCUAUUCACCAAGUGUCCCAAAGACUUCUGCUAAGGGGACUCAGAAAUCUGCUACUGAGCACAAAGCCAAAAAAUCUCCUCCCCAUCCUAGCCAUUCCAGGCCUGGGUCCAUGGUUACCCCACACAAUAAAGCUAAGAAUCCAGGUGUCAGGCAGCUGGGCAACAGCAACAGCUCCAGCUUAGCUCCUGGACGGCCUGGCACAGGGACUGCUCGGCCUACAGUUAGUUCUGGCCCCGUGCCCAGGCGCCAGAACGGCAGCUCCAGCUUAGGACCUGAGCGAUCGGUCAGUGGGACCAAGAAGCCAGCCAGUGACUUCAGUCUCUCCGGACGGACACUCAGUGGUACAGGUGGCCCUGGGCACCCUGCAAGCAGCUCAAGUGGCCCUGGGCGACCCACCAGUGGCUCAGGUGGUUCUGCGAGAGCUCUGGGCGGCUCUGGUGGCCCUGGGCGGCCUGUGAGCAGUCCACAUGACCUUCGACGACAAGUGAGUGGCUCUGGCCCCUCUGGGCGGCCAGUCAAUGGCCCUGGGCGGCCAGUCAGUGGCCCUGGGCGACCAGUCAGUGGUCCUGGGCGGCCAGCCAGUGGCCCUGGGCAAUCAGUAAGUGGCUCAGUUCCAGCUGGACGGACUGUCAGUAGUUCAGGGCCCGGAAGACCAGUGAGCAGCUUGGGACCCGGGCGACCAGUUAGUAGCUCCAGUCUCCCCCUAAAGCCCAAGUGUACUGUUGUCUCAGAAACAAUUUCUUCCAAGAAUAUAAUUAGCCGAUCCAGCAAUGGACAGAUGAAUGGAAUGAAGCCUUCCUUAUCUGGCUACAGAUCUGCCCAAGUUCCUCAAAGGCCUCCCUUCCCUAGUGGUUACAAAAGGAAGCGAGAAUAUGAAGAGGAGGAAGAUGAUGAUGAAUAUGACUCUGAAAUGGAAGAUUUUAUUGAAGAUGAAGGAGAACCUCAGGAAGAAAUAUCCAAGCACAUUCGAGAAAUCUUUGGCUAUGACCGAAAAAAAUACAAAGAUGAAAGCGAUUAUGCCUUACGUUACAUGGAGAGUAGUUGGAAAGAGCAGCAGAAGGAAGAAGCAAAGAGUUUGAGACUAGGUAUGCAGGAGGACUUAGAGGAAAUGAGACGUGAAGAAGAAGAAAUGAAGCGUCGAAAGGCCAAGAAGCUGAAGAAGCGUUAGCUGCUGCUUUUAUUUAUUUUUGUGAAAUUCUGGAGACACUCUGCUGCAAGGAGGUCCUGCCUUCAGAAUGAAGAAGCCCC